AUGGUGGAUGUCUUUCAGGAGGUACUGGGCAAUAUGCUCUACAUAUCACCUCCAAAUUCGGCGAAAAUCCCGCUGCCAAGUCCGAACGCAUUGAAGAACAAGGUAUUGUUGAGAGGUAAAAAGUUGGGUGGAGCGCCAGAUGCCGACAAGGAGGACGACGAUGAUGAUGAUCCUUCAGCGAAAAAGAAGGGACCUGCAGCCCACAUCCCUCUUGAUCCGGCUUUCUCGGACCUGAUUUCACUACGUGCAGUCAAGCUAUCGCAGAAUAUCCAUGCAGAUGUUAAAACUCAUCCCAUGGACGGUACACCGUCACUUUCCGAGAACAAGAUUGCUUCUGUCUUCGAGGGAGGAAGCCCGAUUUUCUCGUACACGGCAGAACGAUUUACGAAGACCUAUCCAAAGGGAUUGCGACAGGAUUCGUCGAACAUGCAUCCGAUGAUCUCAUGGAUAUGUGGUGUGCAAAGUGUUGCGAUGAACAUGCAAACGGCUGGAGAAGAGCUUGACCUCAACACAGGUUUGUUCCGAGUAAACGGCAAUUGUGGCUACGUGCUGAAACCUGAGAUGCUGUUAAAAGGAAUC